UUUUAUUUAUGCAUAAGUACAUUUUACAUUUUCUUAAAUCCCUGCAUAUCCUUUCAAGAUUUUUUUUGUAAAAAACAUGGUACUUAUCUGCUGGUGAAUUCGUUGUGUCCUUUUUUUACCAAAAUUUAACAUAUUCCUUUUGUCUUGCUGAAAAAACUAAGUUCAUGAACUAGUGCAACAGUCAAAGUGUUGAUGGUUUUGAAAGUCCAAAAAUAAUUUAGCAGAGAGACAGCUGCAAGCCAAACAGGCUGAUUGUGAAAAAAAUAUUUUUCAAAUAACACUUGACGUAAGUAGAUAUGGAUACAACAUUAGCCCAUAGCAAAACUGAUGAAUCAGAAUUGAUGAGUGUUCGUCAAAAAAUUACAGAAAUACUGGAGCAUAAAAUUAUUCUAGGAAAAUAUACUGACAAACGUUAUGUAGAAUCGCUUGGAGUGUACAGGGACGUCAUUGUUAUCGAAUCACCCAACGAUGUUGAUAAACUGUUUGAAAUAAAAAAGUUAUUGGAACAAUUUAUGGUUAAUAGAUGGAUUGGUAUUACAAAAGACCCUCAAAACAUAAGUUCCCAAAGCUGCCUCUUAUGGACCCAUCUGAAAGAGGUACCGGUUGGUAAACAUUGGUUCCACUUAAGUGGAAUAACUAUUGAGACAAAAGAAAUUCUGGUAGAAGUAAAGCAUGUUGAGCCAUUUCGUAUUCCUGAUAGGAGUUUUAAUAUCAGUGACACAGAUUUUCCUUCCUUUGAUCCAAAAGAGAUUUUUACUUAUUCGAAUGUGUGCGAAGCAUUCAAAUUUACUGUAAUUUUAUUCAUGGCCCUUUUUACUUUUUUCAUCGAGGCCUUAAAAUAUUUAGCUGACCUCAGUAUAAGAUUUAGUUAUGUGAUGAUAAAUUUUGUUCAUGUUUCUACUCCAAUAUGUAUGGGCAUUUUUGAAUUUUUGACAAAAUGUGUGGCGGGUUUCUACUGGCUUAUAUAUGCAAUGAUCAAGGGCAGUGCUAAUAGUCCUGCAGUGCCAGCAGCUCUCAUGAGUAGUCAAAGGGCUAUAGGCUAUGGUUCAACUUUGAAGCAACACUACGCAAAUUUCAGGCCAAACUCGCAUCAGGAUCAAUUUAGGUACCAAAGAAGAUAGUGCAUUUCACUUUUAAUAAUUAAAUACGUCAAUCAUUUUCGAAAAUAUAUAUCGUGUAUAUAAUUACUAAAUCGUUGUCAAGUAUUAAAAAAUUGAAAGCUUUAAACAUUUUGCG